AUGGCAAUUCUCUCCUCUGACUCACCAAAGACCUGCAACAUUGGCAGCGGCUCCAACAAGAAAACAAAUGUUAAUGUUACCGUUUCUUCACAUUGUACUAAUUUACAGGCUCAUCAUGAUGAGGUUGAGCUUGAGUUUGAUUUCGACGGCUGGCAAACUGAUGGGUUGGAAGAUGGCGAUUUUGAGAUGAUGGCUGGUGACCCUCAUGAUGAUGGCGACAACGAUGACGACGAUACUGGGAUCAAUCAGUUGUUAUUUAAUCACGAUGACCAUCUGCAUGACUUCCUGAUGGAACAUGAUGAUGACGAGUUACAUCAGCACAGGUUAUCGACCAUGAGCUUUAUAAAGACAUUGAAGCCCAUCAUCAAGCCCUCUCAUUUCUCAGCGUGUUCCUUCCACCAAGUUGAAGAGCAUCACAGGAUCACAACGACAACAACAACAACCAGAACAAGAACUCGAAGCGUAGAUUAUUCAUCCAUCAGUGAAAGAGACUAUUCAGAUAUGAACUACGAAAGUGAAUCCUCUCAAUCUUCGAUAUGCCUCUCCUUAGUUGAUGGACAAUCCACUAAACAUGUUACCACCACUACUACAAAGACUGGUAUCAAUCAACAGCAUGUCAACUCAAAGAAGGUUCGUUUCAACACAACCACAUCGCUAAUUGGCGUCAGUGAGCUUGAUACCUCUGAGCUUCCUUCUCAGAAAACUCUUCAUGAAAUUUGUCGUGAACGCAGACUUUUGAAAGCCCAGCGUAAUGACGAUGAUUAUCUUCUAUUUGAAAAUGACCCAGAUUUCAAAGACCUUGAAUGUUUGACACAGAAGCUCACUAGGAUAAAUGCUUCUUUAACGAAACUACGUGUUUGA